AUGAGAAAGGGUUCCUGGGAGUUGAUAUCUCAAAGCUUUCCAUCGCAUAUCACAAUAAUUAUGGAUCAUGAUGAUGUUUGUGUAGAUGGUCAUGAUGGCCAUCUUCAUUGGUUUGGUUCUACUGGUUUGGAGUGGAAGCCAGAAAUGAUAUUGGCAUUUGAUUUGGGUGCAGAGACAUUCAGUGAGAUACCUCCUCCUUCAGAUUCUUUACUACAUCACCAUGGACACCGCUUCAGUGUGUUGGGAGUUUUGGCUGGAAAAUUUUGUUUGAUGUCAAUGGUUAGAGAUGGUAAAUGUGAGGUGUGGGUGAUGAAUGAGUAUGGGGUUGCUGAAUCAUGGGUCAAACAUCAUGAGUUUUCACAGUUUAGUGGUGAUACACGUCCAUAUGGAUUCACAUCACAGAAUGAGUUUAUUUUUUAUGGUGGUGGUUGUUUCUGUUUGUAUGAUCCAGUUGCAGCCCGGAGUAAAAUCUUCAAGAUUAAGGGUGAUGGACAAUUCAUAACCAAGAUUGUGGAGUAUGUUGACAGUCUUGUUUGGGUAGCACCUGCUAAGCAUGAGCUGUCAAGAUGGCAUCUCUUGAUUUCUUUUUUGAAUAGUCAUUGGCUGUUAAAAGAGCUUCAAAAGGCAACAAAGGGCAUCUCUCAAUUUCUAUUUCAAAGACGCAUCAGCUCUUAA